UUUUCUUUCUAAAUCGCCCUUUAAAAAAAGACUUGGAAAGGUCUUCUUUUGAGAGAGAGAGAGAGAGUUUUCAGUGCUUACAAUACAAAAAAGAGAGGAAAAGAUCAAACAGUUGUAGAGAUUUUGACCCCAUUUCAUAUUAUUAUGUAAGAUGAUAAAAACCCCAGCAAUUUCACAGACUCCUCUCUCUGUCUCUUUGCGUAUGGAGAAGAGCUGUGUAUGAAAAGUCAGCGUCUGGAGAGAUUCUGAAAUAAGAAACUCUCUUUCUCUCUCUCUCAACUACACCCUUUUGUUUGUUUUGAGAAGAUCAUCGGCCUCAUUUCUGACCCCUUUUCUCCUUCUUCUUUCUCAAGCAAUACCCACCUCCCAUAUUCUCAUUUCGUACACAAACAUGCGCAAAUACCCAAAAUAAAUUCAUGGCUUCGAUGCUUUCCAGGUGUAACACAAGUCAAACCCACAUCAAAGCAUAUUAGUUUUCUUCUGAUCGAGAGGCAUGUGUAGUUUCUUCUAUCGAAGGAUGGAGAAUGAUCAAGGAGACCUUGCAGACAUAGUCCGGGCCAGCGGCGGCGGUGGUGCCACAAACAAUCCAACUGUCGAUUGGCAAUUUCCUUCAGAACCAGUUAACCUAUCUUCGUCGAUCGAAGAAACCAUGGACGAUUUCGGGGAUCCCUUCUCGAACAUACGGGACCCCCUGCUGCACGAGCUGGACUUGGCAGGGUCAGUGUUCUUCAAUGGAUCCAAUUCUUCCUCAGGUUUGGUUAAGAUGAAUGUGAAUGAAGAUGAGAAUUUUCUUGCUCAAAAGAUUUUGGGUGAUGAAAUGAAGAGGCCUUGCAAUAUCUUUUCUAGGAUGAUUCAGAUCUCACCAAAUGCAAAGAUGUCGAUUCCGCCGCGUAUUAGUUCAACGGCAGGUGUGGCAUCACCGAGAGGAAUCAAGCCAUCUCCCUUAGAUGGUAACGAUAUGAUUAAGUCAAACAAUUCCACGAUUGAUAACGGUGCGGUUCAGAUUUCAUCGCCACGGAACCCUGGGAUCAAACGACGAAAGAGCCAGGCAAAGAAGGUGGUGUGCAUUCCAGCACCAGCAGCUGCCAACAGCAGGCCCAGUGGAGAGAUUGUUCCAUCUGAUCUUUGGGCUUGGAGAAAGUAUGGGCAAAAACCGAUCAAAGGCUCUCCUUAUCCAAGGGGAUAUUAUAGAUGUAGCAGCUCCAAGGGCUGCUCAGCAAGGAAACAAGUGGAGAGGAGCCGAACAGAUCCAAACAUGUUGGUCAUCACCUACACCUCCGAACACAACCAUCCAUGGCCCACACAGCGAAAUGCGCUUGCAGGAUCGACGCGGUCACAACCAAUGAAGAACAAUGCAACUUCAAAGAGCUCACCAUCCAUUCACACCCCAAAAGCCACAACUUUGAAGGAAGAACACAAGGAGAAUGAUAACGAUAAUGCAUCAUUGGCCGGUAUCACAGGUGGGCCAGUACCAACUCUGGGGACCAUUAAAGAGGAGGUGGGAGAUGCAGAGAAGGAGAAACCUAUUGAAGCUGGUCAAUGUGAAUUUGAUCAAGGGUUCCAUAACAGCUACAGACCUGUUGUGCCGGAUUCAAAUCAGCCGGAUGACUUCUUUGCCGACUUGGGAGAAUUGGAGCCUGACCCACUGAACCUCAUGUUCUCCCAAGGCUUCACAGGAGAAAAAUCAGAUGAAGAUAGAGAAAAUAAGGGGGCCUUGGAUCCAUUCAGUCUCUUUGACUGGGGAGGAGAGAGCUCAUUUGGAGAAGGUAGGAGGGGUUUAUAGCAAGACCUUGGAGAAAAGACACCACCAUUUAAGGCAAGGCCACUUGUGCUUUUUUAUGUUGUGGUGCAAUUCAAUCCAAGGUCUGGCCAUAAACCUUUAGUUCCUGUUUGAAUUCGAAAUGAGUUGGGGGUGGAUAUUUCUUUCUUGUUCUUUUUUCUUUUUCUGUUUCUUUCUUUCUUUUUCUUUUUUCUUUUCCUUUUCCUUUUCCUUUUCUUUCCCUUAUUGGUAUUUAAUUAGAAGAGUAUGGAGAUUAGAGAAAAGAGAAGAGGGUUUUGCUUGUUGAUUGGGAACAGACCCCAUUGAAACCCACAUUCUUGGAAUAUUGGGAGAUGGGACAGAAAGCUGAGGAACAGAAGCUUUCAAUAGUAGGAAGAAGUACAGGAGAGAGAGAGAUAGGAGAGGAUUUUUUCUGCCUUUUAUCUUUCAAAGUGGGGAGAAUUAUUCAAGCCACUUAUUUGGGUCAUGUGGGGAAGCUCUACAUUGGAAGGACCAUGCUUUUAGCUUGGUUGGGUGAGGAGGGUAAGAUGAAAAAAAGAGCGGCAUAUUUUGAUGUGCGUUUACCGCAUGGAGUACUCAGUUGAGGGAACUCAUCAAUUUUUAACCAGUGCAUGCAUGCAUGCAUGCCAAUCCAGACCUUUGAAAUUGUGGGGACCAUUGGCAAUGCAGUAACACUAAUACACAUACACACUGAUCAGGAGGGGUUAUCCAUUGGAUUCAAUGGUUGGUCCGGAUUUGUGUGUGUGUAUGCCAUGUGUGCUGUGGAUCAGUUGCUACAAUUUAGGACUUUGCAAAAUGAUACUAGACUCUUAAGACCAGGAGGAAAGAUAUGGCAAGAGAUAAAGGAGAAAAAAGAAGAAGAAGAAGCAACAGCAGCAGCAGCUGGGAGUGGUCUUGAGUAAUCAGAACUGUUACUGGACAUGGAACUUGGAUUUGAUUGGGAGAGGGAGGAUACUAGCUUGUGGGUUCCUCAGCUUUGUGUUUCUUGAGCCCUUCUCCAAUUUGUUAGCAUUGGAGAUUUUAGUUUUCAGUGUAUAAGCUAUUGAAGGUUAUUCUCGACAAUAAUACCAUGACACUGUCAUUCAAAUAUCUCUUUGCU